UAGCUAAUGUUACCCCACUGAAUUAAUUAAUUCAUCAGUUCUUGUUCUUCCAUUGUUUUCAUCGAACAUCCAAAACACUCUCUCUCAUCCUCAUACCCAGUCUCAAACUGUUCAGUUCAAGUCAUGGCUUCCUCUUUGGCUUCAACAUCACCUUCUCCUUCUCCCUCUCCCUCUCCCUCCACCACCAAACCCGCCACCAAUUUUCGCGUCUCUCAUUCCUCCAACUCCAACCUUUCUUUCCGCCUCUCUCCUAAACCCAACACCCUCCGCUUUUUCACCAAGGGAUGCCCACCUAGUCAUGUGGUAUUGUGCCCCAGGGUUAAGGCCCAGUUAAAUGAGGUUGCCCAUGAUGGUUCCUCCAAUGCUGCACCUACUAACAAAUCCGACUCGGACGUGGAACCACCAAACAAACCUUCACCCGAACCAUCUUCUUCGGUCUUUGCAACUCAAGAAUCAAUUUCUGAUUUUCUUACUCAAGUUGCAAGUCUUGUCAAGCUUGUUGAUUCAAGAGACAUUGUAGAGUUGACAUUGAAGCAACUAGAUUGUGAAGUAACAAUCAGGAAAAGGGAGGCUAUGCCGCAACUGCAGUCUGCUCUUCAGCCUGCAGUGUUCUAUUCACCCCCUUCACCAACGAUGCCACCUGUCGCGACAGCAUCUAAUCCAGCACCUGCUGUAGCCGCUUCUACCCCUUCGCCAUCGACUUCUCUUGCAAUCAAGUCAGCUAAAUCAUCACAUCCACCUCUUAAAUCCCCCAUGGCAGGAACAUUCUACCGAAGUCCUGCACCGGGUGAACCUGCAUUUGUGAAGGUUGGAGACAAAGUAAAGAAAGGGCAAGUCUUGUGUAUCAUCGAGGCAAUGAAAUUGAUGAAUGAAAUAGAGGCUGACCAGUCAGGAACUGUAGUCGACGUCAUUGCAGAGGACGGCAAGUCUGUAAGCGUUGACACUCCCCUAUUUGUGAUUGAACCGUAGAGCUGAAGAGUACUCAAGGAGGUGGAUGAUAGUAUGCAGUUCUUGGUAAUUGAAAAGUGUGAAGUGUAGGAAGAUUUUGUUCUGAAUUGGGAUGGUACAGCUGAGAAGAGUUACUUACUUCUUUUUUUCUUCCUUAUUUUUCACUUCUACAUGAUUGGAAUGUUUUAGUGAAUUUUCUUUUGGUUUCAACUUUCAAGGAAGUUGAUGUGUGUGAUAUUUAUUUCAUGUCUUCUGUUUUUCCUUUUAAUUUUUGAAGGUCUAGGGGAGCAUUUGUCCUUAUUUUGUUCAUUGUUUUUUUGUUAUCCUGGUUUUUGUUGGUGAUAUCAUUUCUUUCAAGUUUUUAUAAAGAUUCCUUAAUUUAAGGUAGAAA